AUGGCGAAGAACUAUGAGUCGAGGAAAGGGGAGGGUAAAAUGCCUGAUAAACUUAAGGAGCCUGACGACGCAUCAGAAGAUGAGGGGAGAACAUAUUCUGAAGUGAUGAACACUCGGUUGGGAAUUGAAAAAAUAAAGCUCGAACAAAUACGGGCACAAAUUGAGCUCCAAAAAUUGCAGAGGGAGAAUGGCGGCGGUGCCAACGGGGGGCUGGGAUUAAAACCAGAAUCUGGGGUAGCCCACUAUGCUGCACUCUUGAGUAAUGUGCUCAGCCGGAUGCCCGUGGACAAAACCUUAGCGCCUGGCUGGUUCGAGGCGGUAGAAAUCAUAUUUCGAUCCUUUCAGGUUCCUGACGAGCUAAAAACUGUCCUGAUAAUGCCGUAUAUAGCUGACAGGGUCAGGUCAGUGAUCAUGUGCAGUGGUAUGAAGGAACUGCCACCUUACGCUCAGCUAAAAGAACGAAUUUUAUGUGAACUAAGAUUGUCUCCAAACGAAUAUAAACGACUGUUCAAUACGACAGGCAAAUUGCGGGAAGAGUCGUUGAGCCAGUUCGCCGGCCGACUUAAUAGCUACUUCAGUUACUAUCUGAACAGUAGAAAAGUGGAAACUUACCAUGACCUGUUGCAACUAGUUGUCGCGGAUAGGUUGAAGGAGUCUCUCCCCAAUGAAACAAAAGCGUAUGUUGCCUUGAACGAAACGGGGGAAUGGCUGCGUCCCGAGGCGAUAGCCAAGCUGGCUGAAUGCCAUCAGAAGAGUACUGCACAAAGGGUCCCAAAGCCCUACCACAAGACGGACACUACUCGAGACUCUGGUCAGAGCGAGUCUGUGACUCAUCCGAAAGAGAGAGGGCUUACCGUGCAUUUCGGCGACACUCGACGCUGUUUCGCUUGUGGGGAACAGGGUCACCUGGCAAGAAAUUGCCCUGAGACCAAUCCUAAGCUAACGGCACAAGUAAAAAGUCCUUUAUACUGCGAACACGCUGAGCUAAUAUUCGAGGUGCAUGAUAAACUAGUACCGCUGGCUGAACAACACCAAGUGCUUGACGGAGAACGAUAUGUGCAACUCCGCUCAGGGGACAAGUACUUAAAUGCCAGGAUUGAUUCGGGUGCAGACAUUACAGUGGUUCGAAGGUCUAUGGCCACCAUUUUGGAUAAUCAGAAGAAAAAGGUUCGGUUGAAGGGCGCUUUCGGCCACGAGGUGGAGGCCGAUCUCAUGUAUGUCCCUUUUCGACUUGGGAGCAAUGCGCUUGACACCGGAGUGGAUACUUUACUGCUCUGUGCUGUAACCAAGCAGCUUGACGGAGAAGUUGACGCACUACUCGCACCUGAGGAUUUAGUAGCUUUAAGAGGAGUAGAACAGGAAAGGCCCUUCGCAGAUCAGGUAAAUCUUCCUGGUGAAGCUGCAGUCUUGAAGAAAGGUCCUGUGAUAGAGGCAUGUGUGGUGAGCACACAGUCGGCGGGAGAAAACGGGACUGUAGAGUCUGAGGACGAGCGAAGUGACGUACACAAAAUAGAAUCUUAA